AUGUCGCAUACGAAAGAAGGUCACAAGUACGACUGGUCAGGGAUAUCAGAGGGUCUAAGGACUGAUGCUGUUGUGCCAGGCACGUUAAAUCCAAGGAACAACUACGAUGUCAUCGUGAUCGGGAGUGGAUUCUGUGGUCUCAUUGCUGCUCGUAACCUGUCCUUGAAUCGUGACUUAAAAGUACUGCUUCUGGAAGCUCGCGAUCGCAUUGGGGGCCGCACAUGGACAGCCAAAGAAUGGGGAGAAGACCUCGAAAUGGGGGGCACAUAUGUGCAUUGGCACCAACCCCAUGUCUAUGCUGAAAUGCAUCGAUACGGUCUGGAGAGGCACCUCAAGACCUCAGCUGGAAUGACAGACAUGGAAUACAUAUUGUAUAAGCCAGAAGGAUCAAGCGUACAAAAGAUAGACGACCUCGCUGAAUACAAUGCGAAAAUUUGGAAAAUCGCUGAGGAAUUCUUUAGCAUCGAUGGCAUGACUCCACGUCAGCUGAUGCCUUACCCACACGAACCUUUACGACCUCAGCCAUGGCAGAAAUAUGACCACCUAAGCUGUCAAGACCGAAUCAACCAGCUAGACUUGCCGCAAUCCGAUAAGGAUCUUUUUGUCCCCCAUCCAAACUCCUUCGGCAGUUGUACUGCUCAAGACCUAGCGUGGACAGAUGCAUUGCGAUGGUAUGCUGUUGGUGGGUAUAGCCUCCCAACCAUGUACGAUGCAGUUGGUGGCUUCAAACUCGGUGGCGGUGGCACGACAAACAUGUGCCGCCAUAUAUUAGCAGAGUAUCAAGGCGACAGAGUUUUCAACAAGGUGGUCAACUAUAUCAAGCAGACCAAAGACUUGGAAAAAGUCGUCGUUUCUUGUGCGGAUGGAUCUGCUUACAAUGCGAAACGGGUCAUUUGCACCGUCCCACUCAACUGCUUGGGUGACAUCAAGUUUGAGCCACCACUAGCGCACGCGAAGCAAAAUGCAGUUCAAGGCGGCCAUAUCAACUCUGGUGAGAAGUACAUAGUCUCGUUGGAUGAGGCACAAGGAAAUUGGUUUGCAAAUACUUCCGAUUCCAAAGACAGUGGUUUCCUAUUCGGAAUCAAGGAUCAUGACGGCACAAAUACAGCAAACCGAGCAGGCACCUACGCCAUGAUGUUUGGCCAAUGUGGCAAACUCCAAGACCCCACCAACAGCGAUGAGAUCAUUUCUGAAUUCAAAAAGCUCCAGCCUAGCGGUAAAAUGCGGGGAUACGUGUCGCACACGUGGUCGAAAGAUCCAUAUGCCAAGGGCGCAUGGUUCGCCGCCGCCCCUGGCUGGGCGACGAAAAACUUACAGGCGCUGCAGGAGCCACAUGGCCGUGUGUUCAUGGCGAGCGCGGACUGGGCGCAGGGAUGGAGAGGCUUCAUUGAUGGUGCUAUCGAGCAAGGUGCGAGGGCGGCGGCAAUUACGAAGUUGAUGCUUGAACAGGAGAAUGGGGGUGUGGAUGCUAAGCUCUAG